AUGCUGAACCCUCUACGGAAGGUAUCAGCCAUCGUCCAGAAGAGCAAUCCUGAAGAAAAACCACAAGGACAGCCUCAAGAUAACACAAAGCUGAAGUCUAUUGAAGGAGUUGUGACUACCCUGUGCAAUGGCCAUGGCUGGAUUAAUGAAUCCAUAUUCUUCAGCACUAAUGAAGUCAGUGAUAAAGCACCUGUGAGUGUUGGAGGCAGUGUCACUGCACUUGUGGAGGAAGAUGACAUAACUAACACGCUGAAAGCUAUUAAGGUGAAAGUUAUGACUGACCCUGUCGAGAGUACGGAGCCUUCCAAAUUUGAUAGAAGGCUUUGUAUUAGAUGCAUCACUUCUGUAACACAAGACAGUAUCUACAUCAGCAAAGACGCUUCUUUCCCCAAACACCUAUUUAACGGAGAAUUUGUACCAUUCAAAGGAGACUUGCUGCUGGUGGAGUAUGCUAUGGAUCCUGGCUCGUCAAAAAUGACUAUCUACUCCGCGAGCCCUCUUCACACUCAAAAUAUCGAUGAUGCCUGUGUCACCAACUUUGAUGGGAGAACUGGCGUAGUGGAAGCCACCAUGUUUUUCACACUUGAUUCCCUUUAUACUCUCCCUGGCUACACCCCUGGGCUCUACGACCUUGUCAAUGUGGUUGUAGUGAACAGCAUUCAAGCACAUUAUUCUCACCGAGUGGUGUCUAUGAUUCCAGUGGAAAUGUUGUAUUAA